CCAACGGUGCUGCUGGCAGCAGUGCCCCCGAGGUGGAGGGGACCAGGCGCGGGCUAGGGGAGAGGAGGACGGGCCCCCGAUCCACAGCAGCGUGACAGUAGCAGAGACGAUGAGAAGGGCGAUUUCGAGCUUGGCCUGAAGGAGGGGCCCUCCCUUGGGCGCGGUAAGAGACUCAUUCAGUGACAACUUAUUGACCAUCUGAUGGAUCCAGGGCUCUCUGCCAGAUAAAGUUUACUUUGAAAGGAAUGUGAUGUUAAUUCUGGGGCAUUGAUGUUUUACAAUGCCUGAUCAAGACAAAAAAGUGAAGACCACAGAAAAAUCAACCAAUAAAAAACAACAAGGAAUCAUCACCAGGGACUAUUCAGAUCUUAAAAGACUUCUGUGCCUUUUGAACGUUCAGUCAAGCAAACAACAGCUUCCAGCCAUUAACUUCGAUACUGCCAGAAGCAGCAUAACGAAGUCUGAGCCUGCCAUCAGGGCGGGUGGACACAGAGCUCGAGGUCAGUGGCAUGAGUCCACAGAAGCCGUUGAACUUGAAAAUUUUAGUAUAAACUACAAGAAUGAGAGAAAUUUCAGCACACAUCCCCAGCAUAAACUAUUUCAGGAGAUUUUUACAGCCUUGGUGAAAAAUAGACUCAAAUGCAGAGAGUGGGUUGAUCGAGCCCCAUGUCUUCAUUUUCUGAGAGUAUUAAUUUGUCUGAGACUUCUAAUGAGGGAUCCAUGUUAUCAGGAAAUACUCCAUAGCUUGGGUGGGAUUGAAAACCUAGCUCAGUACAUGGAGAUCGUGGCCCACGGGUACCUCGGCUCCGGGGAGGCGCAGCACAGCGUGGACAAGCUGGUCAACAUGACGUAUAUUUUUCAAAAACUUGCUGCUGUCAAAGACCAAAGAGAAUGGGUCACCACAAGCAGAGCCCACAAGACAUUAGUAAGUUUACUCAGUGCCCGAGAUACUAAUGUUCUGUUGGGUGCCCUUCUGGCUCUGGCUAGUUUAGCUGAAAGUCCAGAAUGUAGGGAGAAAAUAAGUGAACUCAACAUUGUAGAAAAUCUGCUGAUGAUUUUACAUGAAUAUGACUUGCUUUCCAAAAGGCUGGCGGCUGAACUGCUGCGCCUGCUCUGUGCUGAGCGCCAGGUGAGAGAGCAGGUGAAGCUCUACGAGGGGGUCCCCAUCCUCCUCAGCUUGCUGCACUCAGACCACCUACAGCUGCUGUGGAGCGUCGUCUGGAUCCUGGUUCAGAUUUGUGAGGACCCUGAGACCUGUGUGGAAAUUCACAUUUGGGGAGGCAUAAAGCAUCUUCUUCAUAUUUUACGAGGGGACAGAAAUUUAGUUUCUGAUCGUUCGUCCAUUGGAAGCCUGUCUAGUGCCAAAGCGGCAGGCCGAAUCCAGCAGCUUCAUUUGUCAGAAAAUUUAAGCCCUCGGGAAAUACAAGAAAAUACAUUCUCUCUUCAAGCAGCCUGCUGUGCGGCCCUCACGGAACUGGUGCUUGACGACACCAACGCCCACCAGGUGGUUCAGGAAAAUGGUGUAUAUACAAUAGCAAAAUUAAUUUUACGAAAUAAACAAAAGAAUGCAGCAAAAACUAAUCUAUUACAGUGUUAUGCAUUCAGAGCCUUGAGGUUUCUCUUCAGUAUGGAAAGAAACAGACCACUCUUUAAAAGACUUUUCCCCACCGACCUGUUUGAGAUCUUCAUUGACAUAGGACAUUAUGUUCGUGAUAUCAGUGCUUAUGAAGAAUUAGUAUCAAAGUUGAAUUUAUUAGUGGAGGAUGAACUGAAGCAAAUUGCUGAAAAUAUUGAAAGCAUUAAUCAGAAUAAAGCUCCUUCGAAAUAUAUAGGCAACUAUGCAGUUUUGGAUCAUCUUGGAAGUGGAGCUUUUGGCUGUGUUUACAAGGUUAGAAAGCGUAGUGGUCAAAAUCUUUUAGCAAUGAAAGAAGUCAAUUUACAUAACCCAGCAUUUGGAAAAGAUAAAAAAGAUCGAGACAGCAGUGUAAGGAAUAUUGUUUCUGAAUUAACCAUAAUUAAAGAGCAGCUUUAUCAUCCCAAUGUUGUACGCUAUUACAAAACAUUUCUGGAAACUGAUAGGUUGUACAUAGUUAUGGAGCUUAUAGAAGGGGACCCUCUUGGAGAACAUUUCAGUUCUUUGAAGGAAAAACAACAUCAUUUUGCUGAAGAGAGACUAUGGAAGAUAUUUAUACAGCUGUGCCUAGCUCUUCGGUACUUACACAAGGAGAAGAGGAUCAUCCAUAGAGACCUGACGCCAAACAACAUUAUGUUGGGGGAUAAGGACAGAGUAACAGUUACUGACUUUGGCCUGGCAAAGCAAAAACAAGAAAGCAGUAAACUUACAUCUGUUGUAGGAACAAUUCUGUAUUCCUGCCCUGAGGUGCUGAAGAGUGAGCCGUAUGGGGAGAAGGCUGAUGUCUGGGCAGCAGGCUGCAUCCUUUAUCAGAUGGUGACUCUGAAUCCUCCCUUCUACAGCACAAACAUGCUCUCCCUGGCCACAAAAAUAGUGGAGGCGGUAUAUGAACCAGUGCCAGAAGGCAUCUAUUCUGAAAAGGUGACCACUAUCAUCAGCAGAUGCCUCACUCCUGAUGCAGAAACCCACCCAGAUAUCGUAGAAGUCAGCUCCAUGAUAUCAGAUGUCAUGAUGAAGUAUGUAGAUAAUUUAUCCGCAUCCCAGCUGGCCUUGGAGAAGAAGCUGGAAUGGGAACGGAGACGCACACAGAGGUAUUUUAUGGAAGCCAACCGGAACACAGUCAUGUGUCAGCGCGAGCCGGCUCUUCUCUCUCAAGAAUCCUUUGAGAAUGCAAGCUUGAGUAGAAGCAGCAGUGGAGCAGGAAGCCUGAAAAGUGAGUUUUCAGAAAGCACAGACCUGCCACCUGAGGGCUUCCAGGCCCCCGGUGAUAAGGACAAAGACCGAUCCUGUGCUGGAAUCUUGUCAGAUGAUAACUUCAAUUUGGAAAAUAUUGAGAAAGAUAUAUAUUCAGAGUUCGAUGAUGAAUUGGACACUUUGGAUAACUCCAGCAGCUCCAGUUCAAGCCCUUUGAAGGAAUCUACAUUCAGUAAGCUUUCUUUUUACCAUCGCUUUAAAAGAAGUUUUAGUGCUUCAGGAGGAGAAAGACAAUCCCAAAAAAGAGACUUCACUGGUGGAAUAGGAUCAAGACCAAGGCCAGGACCACAGAUGAAUACAUUCUUGUGGCAAGCAUCUGCAGGAAUUGCUGUGUCCCAGAGGAAAGUACGUCAGAUCAGUGAUCCUAUUCAGCAGAUCUUAAUCCAGCUGCACAAAAUCAUCUACAUCACUCAGCUUCCUCCAGCUUUGCACCACAAUUUGAAAAGAAGGGUUAUAGAGAGAUUCAAGAAACCCCUCUUCAGCCAGCAGAGUAACCCUUGUAAUUUGAAAUCUGGAAUUAAAAAGUUAUCUCAGGGAUCUCCAGAACCAAUUGAGCCCAACUUUUUCACAGCAGAUUACCAUUUAUUGCAUCAUUCAUCAGGUCGAAACAGCCUAUCCCCAAAUAACCCAACAAGUCUACCCUACAGCUUUGAUUUGGAGCAGGGGAUAACAUAUGAACAGAUGCAGAUUGUGAUUGAAGAAGUCCUAGAGGAAAGUGGUUAUUACAAUUUUACUUCUAACAGGUGA